AAUUGAUUACUCCACCACAAAGAAAUAAAAUAUUAAAAAAUAAAUAUAAAAUAAAUCGAUCAACGUGGACAAAUGGAGAAUAUGUGAUUUGUUGAGCCUAAAAAAAAUUCAAUUGAAGUGUAGAUUUUUCUUGUUUCGUUUCCUUAUUCUUUCUGAAUCUUUUUCUUCUUAAAAUCGUUUCGCCUCGAACGUCUGAAGAACCUUCAAAUAUCCGAGAAUGAGUGAUAGAAGAAAGAAAGCGCGAAUGAUGUCUGAAUCAGACCGAGAUGAUGAAAUACUGACGCUAAGAUUCUUAAUGAAUGGCAAGGAGGCUGGUACAUUAAUUGGAAAGGGUGGACAAACAAUACAAAACUUAAGGAAAUCUAGUGAUGCUAUCAUUAAUAUAAGUGACAAUGCAUCAAAAGAAAGAGUUGUUUCUGUAACUGGUGCUGUCAACAAUAUAAUGUCUGCUUUUAAAUUGAUUGUAACAACCAUUGAAGAGAACUUGUUAAACAAUGACAGAUCAUCAUACACUCCUCUAACCUUUCAACUCAUGGUUCCAUCUGGUCAGUGUGGUUCACUCAUUGGUUCCGGUGGAUCAAAGAUUAAGCUAAUUCGUGAGAAAUCUGGAGCACAUAUUCAGAUAGCUACUGAUCCUUUACCAAUGUCAACUGAGAGAAUGAUAACUUUAUCAGGAAAACCAGAAAACAUAAAUUUAUGUAUGAAAUCUCUUUGUGAAAUAAUGGUUGAGUAUCCAGUUCGUGGUCAUGUUGAUCCGUAUUAUCCGCAAAAUUACCACAGCAACAGGCCAAGUAGAUCUGAGAGAGAUUAUUCUGAAACAAGAGAUCAUUAUGAGCGAGGCAGGGAGCCAUCACGUUACUCGUCAAGAAACUCGAGUUCAAGAAGACGCAAAAGAAGCGAGGACUAUGAUGAAUACAUGACAGAAACAAUGGCAAUACCAAGUCGAUAUGCAGGUGGUGUAAUUGGCAAACGUGGAACGAAAAUCAGCGAAAUUAGGAGUAAAUCAGGAGCAGCAAUCAAGAUCGCUGAUGAAACAGACGGUUCUGGAGAAAGAAUUGUUACAAUAAGCGGCAACCCUGAAGCUGUUGGAAUGGCGCAAUUCUUAAUCAAAACAAGGGUCAAGUAUGAGGAGAAAAGGGAUACUAGCAAAGAUUAAAAUGUCCAACACAACCGAAUAUUAAAAAUAUUUAUUUCACAUUCAGGCAUUACAGCAUACAUAUUAAAUUUAUACAUACUGACAAGUGACUGACAUACUGACAACUGUAACGUGAAACUAUUUUUGACUGGAGUUAUUUUAAUGUCUAUACUGUAUUUUACAAUAUUUUACACAUAUUAAAUCCAGUUCA